AUGCCGCCAAAACGCGCCGCAAAGACGGCAGCCAAAGCCGCGCCUGCCAAAACUCCAGCAACCAGAGCCACUCGAUCGCGUGCGCCAAAGACGACUCCACCGCAGGAAGAAGAGCCAGAAGUUAGCAGUGUUGCGCGCAGCACUAGGUCGCGCAAAUCUACAGUCACUGAGCAAGAUGCAUCUGCACAAGAGGAGGAAGAGGAAAUUGCGACACGCGAUGCGAUUCCUCAACCUCGCACGAAACAGCGCCCCUUAACGCGUGGCCGUCCCCCAAGAACAGUCAAGAAGCCAGCGCCUAGUCAGGCGAACAAGGAUGUAAUGGAUAAGCUGAAAGCGCGUAUGGAAGAGGAACGCAGAGCCACAAAAGCUGGAAUUGUCCUUCAAUCUGCACCCGAAUCUCAAUCGCGACAGGCAGAACGCGCAAUCCGAGAAGCUACAAAUAACGAUGGAGAUGCUGCUUUGGUACCUGCUCGUGCUGCUCCACGAUCGCCUUCACCAGCCAGGCAGACUGCAGUACCCGGAACCGCAGUCAAGGCACCUGCUAGUGUCGUGCGUCCACAAUCCGCUGUCAAGAUGCAAAGUACCCCUGGAGCAGAAUCAUCCGUUCUGGCUUUGCAGAACUUCAGACGACGCGCCCGUCAGCCUAGCUUGCUCCAGAUGGUGCAGAAUCCUGAACUUGUUGGUACACCGAUCGACGACACGACAGACUUUACUCUUGGUAGCCUGGGCGAUGAGGAUGACUUUGCGCCACAUGACGAGAGCACGCCUCUGCAGGUCUCUAAGGGCAGACAAAUCGAAAUUGAGCAAGAGCCAGAAGAAGAUGAGGUCGAAGAGGAGGUCGCGCAAGAGCAGGAGAAGGAACAGACACCAGAACCAGCAUUGCAGAACUCGGACGAUGAAUUUUAUGGCGCAACACCGCAAAAGUCGACACAACGGCAGACUCGCAAGCGCAAAUCAGAUGCCAUCGAGGAGUCCGAAGUUCAAAUCGUCCGUUCGUCGCCUUCGCUACCAUCACCUUCGAGGUCCCUUGCCGACCGAGAAGAAUACGAAACUGUUCCCGCAACAGCACCUGAAGACGACGACGACGAACCAGCAACUACCGAGUCGCAACAACGCAGACUAUUCAGCGACACGUACGCAGAACCUAUGAGCAGCUCACCACCACCUCAUCCCAUUAGUCCCUCCUCUCCCGACCAGCAUCGUCGAACACCUGCCCUUUCUCCUUCAGCCAUCCGUAAAUCUGCUCGAUCCGGUGGACAGCAGACCAAUAAGGUCAAACCGUUGACAACAGCGACAUUGCGAGCCAUGUUGCCCAAGCGUCGCUCUCAGCGUAAGNGACGAAUUCGAUUUCAGUUCUUCAUCAGCCCUGGAAGCGUCGUCUUCAGCAUUCGAAGACGAGAAGCGCAAGAAAGCAAGGACGAAAAAGUCUGUUGCGACCAAGAAACCUGCACCUGUCAAAUCGAAGAAGACGACUGCAACAGCGACAAAAAGACAUCACGAACCUACGCCCGCAACAAUAAAGAGAACAAUCCUAUCGUUAAUCUCUCUUCUGGCUCUUCGAGUCUGUCCGAACUCAAUAGCGAUGAGAUCGAGGCAGAUGAGACUGCAGACACGAGCAUCGAUACCAUCAAAGGUUCCAAAUCUGACGAGAAGAUAUCUGACGAGUUGAGGAAAGCGAGAGAGAAGUUUGCAGAGAUUGACAAUUGGGAUAUGGAGUUCGAGAGUGCGAGUCUAGGGGCUGGUGGGGCGAGUAGUCCAUGGCGGUAA